AACACUCCAAGCUUUCCUUCGGAUCAAGGCACGCGGGGUCCUGGGAUCCGUCCCGAGACCGGGGCCGGGCUCUGGGCGUCGGGGCCGGGCGGGGAGCGGUCGGGGCGGACGGCUGCUCUGAGGCGCCUUUGACUUUCGGCCGGAGGCUCCGGCCCCGGCGCAGCGCGGUUAUUUACAGUGAGCUCCCAAACCAAACACAAUAGUAUAAUUUAACCUUUCCAAGCACUCGUAAAUUUUUACUACGGGGAGACACGGCGAGGCAAAUGAAUAUGCCUUUCCUUACUGACUUCCUACCAGCCCCGUGGCUCUCGCAACAAUAACUCCUUAUGAAAUAUCAUAAAUAUAUAUUUAAAUACAGUACAGCGAGAAUGCGAUUUUGCUUUUUUAUGGCUUCAAUUAUUGUAUAAUUUUAUGUGGAGGUCUCGGCUCCCCAGGUUUUCGCAGGGAGCUCUGCCUCACUGAUGGCGUGAUUAAUUGUGAUAUAAAAUAGUCCGCUUAAAAAGGGGGUAGUCAGACCCAACCUGAUCUUUUAAUCUCCGUUGGCCACAAUUAAAACAAACUUUAUCGUAGAACUCAAAUAUCCCUUUGCAUAAAAACAUAUGGCUUUGCUAUAAAAAUUAUGACUGGAAAACACUGGCCCAUUAAUAGCCUGCGGAGUGAUUUAUACUUUAUUGUUCUGCUGGCCCGGCACGUGACGCGGCCAGCCAAUGGCGUGACAGGCAGCCUUCAACUUAUUAGGUGACUGUACUUCUCCGUAGGACCAAGUUGUUACAUGAAAUCUGCAGUUUCAUAAUUUCCGCAGGUCCGGCGUCGGGGCGGCGGCGGCGGCGGCGGCGUCGCGUGGCCAUGUCGACUUCGGGGACCCUGAGCAAUUACUACGUGGACUCGUUUCUGCUCCACGAGAGUGAAGAGCUGGUGCCGUCCCGCUACGGCCCCGGCGCCCUGGCGCAGCCCGCCCGGCAGCCGGCGUUGGGGGAGCACCCGGACUUCAGCCCGUGCAGCUUCCAAUCGAAGGCAUCGGUCUUCGGCACUUCCUGGAAUCCGGUGCACCCGCCGAGCGCCAACAAUGUGCCCGCCGUCUACCACCCCUAUGUGCACCACCAGGCGCCCGUAGCGGCGGCCCCUGACGGCAGGUACAUGCGUUCCUGGCUGGAACCCAUGCCAGGCUCUCUGUCCUUCCCGGGUUUACCUUCCAGCAGGCAUUACGGCAUUAAACCUGAACCGCUCUCGGCCAGAAGGGGUGACUGUACCACGUUUGACACUCACACUUUGUCUCUGUCUGACUAUGCUUGUGGUUCUCCUCCAGUUGAUAGGGAUAAGCAGCCCAACGAAGGUGCGUUCUCGGAAAACAAUGGAGACAGUGAGGCCGGCGGGGACAAACCUCCCAUUGAUCCGAACAACCCAGCUGCGAACUGGCUACACGCGAGAUCCACUCGAAAAAAGCGCUGUCCCUACACCAAGCACCAAACACUAGAACUGGAGAAGGAAUUCUUGUUCAAUAUGUAUCUCACCAGGGACCGCAGAUACGAAGUGGCAAGACUCCUCAACCUCACCGAAAGACAAGUCAAAAUUUGGUUUCAAAACAGGAGGAUGAAAAUGAAGAAAAUUAACAAAGACCGAGCAAAGGACGAAUGAUGUGGCCCAGGUUGAUAGGAAGGCUGGGGGAAGUUCUAUCCCUCCCAUUCCUUCUUCUCCCCUCUCCCAGCCUCCAGAACCCCACACAAUAUGACUGAAUCCAGGUCUCACCCCACCCACCCCAUCCCUUCUUCCCCUCUUCCCCAAUCCUUAUCAUUCAUAAUGGUGUACCUUGUCACGGUAGCACGGGGGCCUUGCCCAGCCUGUGGUGGAGGUACUGUAAGCUUUUUCAUUUUCUAUCCUAGGACAAAAAAGGGGGCAUUAGUGCUGUAUGGCUGUGUGUGUUGGCUUGUAUUUAAAAAAAAAAAAAAGAAAGAAAGAAAGAAAGAAAAUAAGAAAUCUACCUGUUCCUUACUUAUGGAGAAAAAAAAUAAUAACUACCUUUUUCCUAAUGCACAACUCUCUGGACAGACUGUAGAGCGUAGUGUGUGUAGUUCUUUGAUUUGCUCUGUGCGCAGCGGAGAGGGCUGCUGUAAUACUUGAACAUGUGUUUGUUUGUGGUUAAUCAUUGUUCGUGAAUCCACUUUUGUGCUCGGGUGCCGGCCCUACCGGUUGUCAUCGUGGACGCUAAGAAUCUCAUUCGAACUCAGGUUGUUGAGGAGAAAUGUGGCAAAGGGUCUAGCUCUGUAGUGUAAUAAGUCUUUCUUCUGUAUAACUAGACAGUUAACCUUGGAUUGUAAUAUAAAUAGAGAAAGAGAGAGAGAGUAUAUAAAAUAUCAUCCCAGUCAAAGAAAAAAAAAAGAAAAAAAAAAAAAAAGAAACUUUUGUUGGGCUGGGAGGGAUAAGUGGACUCCAAAGCCUCUCCCCAACGUCUUUCCAAUCGGGACAUUUUAGUCUGUACAGUUGAUCUCUAGUACUGUCUUGUCAGUUGUAUAUAAUCUAUAUAUUAAAGAAAAAAAAAAAGUAAAUACUCAGACGAGCUUGAAUCUUGUUUUUGCACCAGUGAAGCCGCUUUCCGAUUUCGGAAUUAUUUGUUCACGUGAAGAAGGUAACUACCUAUAGUUUACUUUUAAUUUUAAUUGGGGGGGGGGGAACGAAUGCUUAUUGUAAUGGAGUUAAUUUUAUUGAUAAUAAAUUAUGCGCUAUGAAACCUGCCAUCGGGCUAUCGUAGAUUUGUAUCACUUGAAAUUUGGGGACUUCUGUUAAGGCAGAACAAUAAAUACACUGUAUAUUUUGCAAGAGUUACCUCAUGACCUACUGACCAAACCAUUGUGUUGAGAUGAUAUUUAACUUUUUGCCAAAUAAAAAUAUAUUGAUUCUUUUCUA